UUGAAUAUAGGAGGCACCGCUGCCUACCGAGCUCCCCCCAGAACCCAGUGAGCUGCGGCGGGCGGCGGCCAGGCCAACCCUAUCCCUCCGUCCCGGUUCCGACUUGCCGGCCGCCGGCCAUGGAGAAGGAGGGGGCCGCGGGUACCCAUGGGACCGCAGCGAAGCGAGCACGGAGUGUCAACUCCGGCGUGACCGCCGCGGCCGAUUUCAUCAGCAGGCUCCCCGACGCCAUCCUCGGCACCAUCAUCUCCCUCCUCCCCACCAAAGACGGCGGCCGCACGCCGGUCCUCUCUCACCGGUGGCGCCACCUCUGGCGCUCCGCGCCUCUCAACCUCGAGGUCAGCACCCUAUCCCCCGGCGUCCCCACCUCCUCCCGCGUCCCACCCUCCGCCGUCUCCGACAUAAUCUCCAAGCACCCUGGCCCCGCCCGCCGAUUCUACUUCCUCUGCCGCGGCGCCGGCGAGGGCGGUCUCCACGCCCAGGCGGCGAGCUGGCUUCACUCCCCGGCCCUCGCCCACCUCCAGGAGCUCGAUAUCAGCGACGCCAACCCCCCGCUGCUGGGAUCAGUGCUCCGCUCUGCGUCCACCAUCCUGGUUGCCAAGAUCGACCAUUGCGAUUUCCCCUUCGAGAUCGUGCCGCCCAUGAAUUUCCCCAAUCUCAACAAGCUCACCCUGUUUAACAUUUCCAUCUCAGAGGAGGUCUUCCACAGACUGCUCUCCGGCUGCCAUGCCUUGGAAAGCUUAUACAUGGCCGAUUUUCGUGCUCCGGGUCGCCUCCGUGUGAUCUCGCCGACUAUUAGGAGCAUCAUCUUCCGUCAUAGCUCUAGUAAAAAAGUGGAACUGGUCAUCGAGGAUGCUCCUCGUCUUCUAAGGUUACUAUUAACUGAUUGUAACCGAGAUGAUUGCGUCACUGUCAGGGUAAUUAGGGCGCCUAAUCUGGAGAUAUUGGGCCCUUUCUUAGUGGUCGUCUCAAAGCUCCUACUCUUCAAGGGAAUAAGCUCAGUCAGCUCCACAAACUCGAUGCGCACUGUGAAGGUUUUUGCUCUCAGGUCUUCUGGAGAUAAACUGGAUGCAGUUCUUAACAUCCUCAAGUGGUUCUCCUGUUUGGAAAAGCUCUAUGUCACUUUUCGUCGAUGCAGGGAUAAACGAAUUGAGCCUCCGUAUGACCCACUACAUCCAAUUGAAUGCCUUGAGACCCAUCUGAAAAAAGUAGUGUUCAAAUCAUUCUUGGGCUAUGGGAAACAGCUUGAAUUUGCGAGGUUCUUUGUAUUGAAUGCAAAGGUGCUAGACAUAAUUGAAUUUGAAGUAUAUAAUGAGUACAGCAGUGAAACGGCGGCUUAUCAGCGUAUGCUGCUACAAGUGGAAAACAGAGCUUCCCGAGAUGCUCGGUUUGAUUUCAGGAUUAGCCCUACUAAAUAUGGACUGAUUGACAUGUGUUGAGUUCCUUGUAAAGGAGCAUAUCCACGAUUUUGUCAGUGGCAAACCCCUUCGAAAAGCCAUAGUCUGGGUUGAUGCGUGAAGAUUGCACUGUCUUGUGCUCAUUUUGUAGAUGGGGUUGAUGCCUGAAGAUUGCCUUGUCUUCCUUCACAUAAGUCUGCUCUAUUUCUAGUCUAAUAAAGUUCCUCUGUAAUAGUUCCAGUAACUUAUGAAGUUACCCCUGUUAAAACUGGAAAAGAUGUUCCUGAAUGCAAAAAUAGUGCAAUGUGGAAAUUCUCCGUGGGGAGGGGGUGAGAAAUAUUACUGCUGAAAGU